GCUUAGCGUGCGCCUGGUUCCUGAGACAGCUGAGUCACACAUACAUAUAGACCCAGAUAAAUAGAUACUGUGCGAAAAAGAGGGGCUACUGUCUGGAAACUGCUGUGAAAACACUGACUACUGACCCCAGCUACUUCUGACACUGCGUCGAAAGAUGCUGACGAUAACACUGAAGACUCUACAACAGCAGACGUUCAAAAUAGAGAUAGACCCAGAACUGACGGUUGAUGCCCUGAAGAAGAAAAUAGAGGAGGACAGAGGAAAAGAUGGAUUUCCAGCUGCAGGACAAAAACUCAUCUAUGCAGGCAAAAUCUUGAAUGAUGACACUCAGCUCAAAGACUACAAAAUCGAUGAAAAAAACUUUGUGGUGGUCAUGGUUACCAAGCCUAAACAGACCCCGCCUCCUCAAGCAACUGCUCUGCCAAAUUCCCAACCAGCUGCAGCUCCAGUGCCACCUUCAGUCUCAGGCCAAGAAUCGUCCUCUGGCUCAACGCAAGUGCCCUCCACACCGAUACAAACAGUGUCUGCACCCACACCUGCCCCACAGUCAGUGCCUGCCUCUGAAACCCCUUCCACAAUCCCAGAAAACACGCCACAGGUCUCUGAUAAAGCAGCAGCAGCAACAACAGCUGUGGACUCAAACACAGCCCCGGACUCAGCACCAGCCUCUGCUGCUGCUGCAUCUCUGGCUUCCAACCCUGCUGCAGCCCCUGAGGAUGCUAAGGCAGACCAAACCUCGGCCCCUGCUGACGGCCCAGCGCCUGCUUCCCAGCCAGAGGAGAAGCCAAGGGAAAACCCUGAGACUGAGCCACCUGCCACCCCUCCAAUUCUCUCUGCUUCCAGCCUUGUUGAUGAGCUAGGACUCCUUGAAGAAGCAGCAUCCAUUCUUGUGACAGGUCCAGCUUAUGAAAACCUGGUGUCAGAGAUUAUGUCUAUGGGUUACGAGCGGGAGCAGGUAGUCAAUGCACUCAGAGCCAGUUACAACAACCCAGACCGAGCAGUAGAAUAUCUGCUCAUGGGUAUUCCAGCAGAGGCCAGUGAUCUACCACCUCAGGAGCCAGUUAGACAAAGUGUGCCAUCCAGCCUCCCUGCCCUGACCACACCACAACUACAACAGCAACCCCAGGCACCCCAGCAGACCCCAGCGGCCCCAGCAGCCCCAGCGGCCCCAGCGGCCCCAGCGGCCCCAAGCACAGGGUCAGUGUCUGCCAUCCAGCCUCCAGCUGCUGGCGGAGGCUCCUCGACUACAGGGAACCCUCUGGAGUUCCUAAGGAACCAGCCACAGUUCCAGCAGAUGAGACAGAUCAUCCAGCAGAACCCAGCCCUCCUCCCAGCCUUGCUGCAGCAGCUGGGCAGAGACAAUCCGCAGCUGCUGCAGCAAAUCACACAGCACCAGGAGCAGUUUGUGCAGAUGCUGAAUGAGCCACGAGGUGGAGACACGGGAGGGGAGGGCGCCGAGGCCCAGGGGUCACCACAAACUAACUACAUUCAGGUCACCCCACAGGAGAAGGAGGCCAUUGAGAGGUUAAAAGCACUGGGCUUCCCUGAAGGCUUAGUCAUCCAGGCUUACUUUGCCUGCGAGAAGAACGAGAACCUGGCUGCUAACUUCUUGCUACAACAAACAUGGGACGAUGAGUAACUUCACAUCACCUGACACAUCCCCGUUGGACAGAGGGCUGGAGAGGGGACGACAGUGCUGUACACAGUCAACAAGGGAGGGAGGAACAAGGAGAGCGAGAGCAUUUUUUUCUCAUGCCAUGUGACUUUGGUCUAAUGAUAGUGAUGAUGAUGAAUACAUGAUAUUAUGAUCAUCAUAUGAGCUCACACUGAGCUGUGCCUCACUGCUGCUACAUCAUUACAGCUGCCGCUUGUGCCGAGUGAGAGAAGUCAUGCCAGUAAAUAUCACAACAGUCUGCAUCACCUUCACUGAUCAACAGGCUUUUAUUUAGAGAGAUUUCUUUGCAGUUAGACCGGACAGUUACAGUUUGUACACCACAGAGUGUGACUGCAGUGAAUACAUGACUACAACCUAUUCCAACAUGAGCCUGUAACUUGCCCUUCAUGUUGGAUUCACCUGUUAAUGUGAUGCAAACUGUUGACCUCAUUGUUUGAGAGCUAGCACUGCUUUAUAUCAAAGUUCAGGUCUGAUCAACUCAUUUUCUCUACUUCUUCAUCCCAAACACUUAAAGUAUCUCAGACCAAAUGAGUCCAAAGAACACAAAAGUAUCGUCAGGUUUAGACCUUUCAUCAACAAUGCAGACUUUGAUGUGUGGUUCUGUCUAUGGAAAAUAUAUUAUGCAGGCUAUUUUCAAUUGCUGUAGUUGUGAUAUGCCUCUGCCUAUCCUUCCUGCAAGGAAAAAUCAGAUGAAAUGAUUUGAAAGAGGAGCAAAAAAAAUACUAAAAGUGAUAAAAAAUAUCACUGAAUUACAAAUAUUUGAGUCAUAAUUGUAACUUAUCCUUUAAAUCCACUGUGUCUUAGUAUUAGGGCUGGGCGAUAAAACGAUAAUGAUAAUUAUCGUGAUAUUAUUUUUCACAAUAUAAAUAUAUCAAAUGUAUGAUAAAACAUAGAUAUAUUUAUACCUGUAUUUACACCCCCCAACCACUGGAAAAGAAGGGGGUGCUAGUGUGUCUUAAACGCUAGUUCCCACCCAACAUUAAAUAGAAGAAGAAGUCGGCAUGGAACAGCCAAUCAUGUCGCAGGGUAAGAGGUAGGCAGGCUUAUAGAUGUUUGGAACGGAAUGUAAACACAGCUGAAAAAGGGACAGCGACACUGAAGAAAACGCAAAACCUACCAGCUCAAAGCAGAGUGAAAACAUGCUGGACAAAAAAGGCCACUAAACUUCAUUAGUGAAGAUAUUUUGGCUAUGUACUAGACUACUAAAUCCCAGAUACAAGCUAACAAACCGUCUGGUUUCUUCAACUUUCACUCAGGAGAAAAAAAAUCUGCCUUUAGAAUGAUAUGAAAGAAUGGUUUCAUAUUUAUUGUAAAAAUUAUUGAUAUUGACUGAUAUGAAAAAUGUUAUUGUGAUAACAUCUUUUUCAAUAUCGCCCAGCUCUAUAUAGCACCACACAAUUUGGACUGUAGGAUUCAAAAAUCACCAUUUAGUACUUAAUGAAAUUGUAUUCGAGUGUAAUGGUUAAGUGCUGUUUUAUUGUUUGUGUUUUCUUUCUGUCAUAAAUGGGCUUCCAAAAACAGUAGACAUGACUUUCAAAUCCAAUCUAUCUGCUGUAGGCCAGUGGUUUACUUCACCGCUAACAUAACUCUGCAGUCUAUUUGGAACGUACAAUGCUAGGGGUAGAACUUGUUUGUGCAGUUGUUUUAUAUUUUGCGGGACAAGAAGGGACACAAAUUCACAACUUUGCUUGAGCUGUCAUCACCCUCUUUCACUGUGGAGGGUUUUAUGUUUUUGUUUUUCAGAUGCAAGAUCUUGAAGAUUGACUAUAAAGUGCCACAUAGCAUGCUUUGUUAGCUCAAUAUUUGACUUUUUAUUUCAAAGAUAGGUUGUGUUUUGUCUCCUUUGCUGGAAAACGAAACAGUCUAAUGCUCACUUUAACACUGUCUGUUUCUCAUAUUACAUCUUCUAUGCAUCUUAAAGUUGUAAGAGUUUGAGCCAUUGCUCCCUCAUGCCUUAUCGGUUGCUAAAGACUUGAACACAUUCAGUGUCAUAAAUGGUGUUGUAGUUUACUAGUGUUUCAGGUAUUUCACAGAUGUGUCCUAAGGUCUGGUGAUCAUCAUUAAAGUUGUGAUUAUUUAUAAAUAAUCACUUAUUGUUUCAAAUCAAACUAAAGGGAAUUUGAAUUUGUGCUAGAAGCCAAAACAAAACUCAAAUAUUUUUCCAGCUUUCGGCAUGUGCUUGCUGUUUCUCCUUUUAAUUAUCCUUAUUGUGUUUGAACUGGAAAUGUCUGAAGUUUUGUAUCAUGCAAUGUAAAUGGGGUAUACAUACUUUGGGAUAAAAGGCACUUUACUGUGACAAAGGCAUCUCCUUAGCUGUGAGGGGUUGUUGGUUGCAUGAGAUUGUUACAGAGUUAUUUAUAGCAUGGCAGCAGGUUAGCAAUGAUGAAGCCACCAGUGUGGUGUUGCUCUGAUCUCAGUCUAUUUGUUUUUACCCUUUUUGUCCAUGUUUUGUUUUCUUUUUUGAGUUUGUAUAAAACAUGUACAAUCUUAAGUACACCAUUUUGCUGAUUAGUUGUGGUUUGGUUUCAGCAUUGUGUAAAAUAAAUGGCUUUUACAAAGUG